AAUAUUUCCCCAACUUGGUGCAACUCCAUGUUCAUUACACUCUGUUCUCCACUUUCUUCAGGCCAAAAGAGGGAAGAACAACCAACAAAAUGGAGCUCAGUCAACAUGGUUUCUUAGAGGAGUUAUUAGCUUCCACGCCUUGGUCCUCUUCUUAUUCAAAUGGCUUCAAUGAUUUCUUCCAAAAUACCUGGAAUUUCGGUUGUUUUGAUGAAAAUCCCCAAAUGGGUACCUCUAUUUCCCCCCAUUUUCCCGCUCUCCAAACUGCUACUGAUUUUUCCUUCGCCGACCAAUACCUCUACACCAAUUUUCUCGAAGGCUUUGCAAUGCCGGAGCUCGAUUCUUCAUCGUACACUAGGAAUAACGAAACCCCACCAUUCGUUUCGCAAGAAGAAAUGAGUAAUAAGAACAGUGGGUUCCCUCCGCUGGGGAUGGAGGAGGAAGAACUUGGGUUUAUGGAGGCUGAAGCGGCUCCAAGUGUGUGCAAAGUGGAAAUGGAGCAAAUGGGUGGGCGUGAAACUAGUGAUUCCAAAAUGGGUGUCGCAGAAUCCAGGAAAAGAACCAGUAACAAGGCUAAGAAGAUUGAAGGACAGCCCUCGAAGAAUUUAAUGGCGGAAAGAAGAAGAAGGAAGCGGUUGAAUGAUCGGCUUUCCAUGCUCAGAGCAAUAGUCCCUAAAAUAAGCAAGAUGGAUAGAACGUCUAUACUUGGAGACACGAUCGAUUAUGUGAAAGAGCUGCUAGAAAGAAUCAAUAACUUGAAAGAAGAAGAUGAAUUUGGUUUAGAUUCGAAUCACGUGGGCUUCAAUGGGAUCUCCAAGGAAGGGAAGCCCAAUGAAGUUCAAGUGAGAAAUUCCCCAAAGUUCGAUAUUGAAAAGAGGGAGAGUAAGACUCGAAUCGACAUUUGCUGUGCGACGAGGCCAGGGUUAUUGCUGUCCACUGUGAACACAUUAGAAGCAUUGGGGCUUGAGAUUCAACAGUGUGUGAUUAGCUGCUUCAAUGAUUUCUCGAUGCAAGCUUGUUGUUCAGAGCAGGGAAGCGGUGAGAAAGCAGUGGCAAGUUCAGAUGAUGUAAAGGAGGCACUGUUCAGAAAUGCAGGAUAUGGAGGGAAGUGCUUGUAGUGGAAACACUUGAAUAAAUCGGAGGGGGAAAGAACAUCAAUGGUGUUGUUCAAAGGGAUGAAAUGAAUCGGCUGCAAUUUGAAAUAAUUGAUCCGGAACCCUCUUUCCAAUAAUUAAUCUGGGUUUUAUUUGGUGCAUUUAGUGAUUAGACUUAGAAUACCCAAAAUGAAAUCCCAAUAAUGUACUGAAGGAAAUGAACAAAAGAGUUCCAUUUUUCAUGAAAGUACUCACUUUUCUUGCUUGGCUUCA